UCCAGGGUGCCACCCCCAUGCGGCGGACGUCUCGGAGCUUGACUCCGCCCACCAGCAGCUCGCUGGCUUUUGACUCGCCUGCCCGCGGCAAUUCAAACACUGCCGCAUUUCUGCGGAUGGGCGCGCAUCCAAAACUAUCUCAGAUUUUACGGAUGUAUCCAGAACUUGAAAGCCUUUUGAAAACUCCGAGCCCGCAGAAGCCAGCUGUCAAUGUGUCAUCGUCACCCAGGAGCGGAGCAGCAGGGCCGUGGGCACGGAGGGCGUCAAUCACACCAAGCGAGGCAUCUUUUGGCAAUGAGACACCUACGUUACACCGCUUCUUUCCGGUUUCAUGUAAGAAAUCGACUUCUUCAGAAGAGCAGUUCAAACAAAAGCGGAGAGAACCUUUGCCAAUGGUGAGGGAUGAUGAAGCUGCAGAAGAAGAUCAGGACAUGUCAAUUACAGAUGACAACAUCAUCUGGAUCACUGCUUCAGAGGGCAUUCCUGUCCAGAAAGUAAAAGCACUUGAGUUUCCACAGCAAGCUUCAUGCUUCUUGUUAUCUAAGGACUUUAUGAAGCAGUUUUUCUGGCAAUUCACUGAAGCAGCUUCAGAAUUUCAACGUGACCCCAUGUCUUCUUUCUCUCAAAUUUUUCUUCCAAGGAAAGGUGCUGCAGAGAAAUUUGAUGCCCAGCAAUCCCUGGUUCCUGUUCUUUGGGAGAAGGAAACAAACCAGGAUGAGGUGCAGCCUCAAAAACAGGUGGAUCCUGGAAAGGAUGAAGCAGCAGCAAAGCUGCAAACACAGCAGUCAAUUCCAGAGUCGGACAAGACACAGGCUUCUGGUGCACCGGAAUUUCUUACAACAGACUGGACGGACAUAAGGAAAUAUGCAUUGAAAGGGGAGACGCUUCCGAUGGGUUCAAGAGGCAUGGCUAUGCCAAUGACUUAUGAUGCACAGGAUGCAAACCCAAGGAAGGGAAAAGUACAUGCUUAUGGAUGAAUUUAAAAAGAGCUUUUUGAAACUGGAUGGCACACAGAGUGGUGCUGCUGUAAUCCUGCGCUGCGGUCAGCCCCUGGUUGCAAUGAGCGGCAAGAGGAAUAAAGAUGAGGAAAGAUACCUUGAUAUCAUCAGGGAGGCCAAUGGGCAGAUCUCCAAACUGACCAUCUAUGAUGCUAGGCCCAAUGUCAAUGCAGUUGCAAACAAGGCAGCUGGGGGAGGAUAUGAAGGUGAAGGUGCACAUCCCAAUGCAGAACUUUUCUUCUGGGACCUUCACAAUAAUCAUGUCAUGUGGGAAUCUUUGAAGAAGCUGAAGGACAUUGUUUAUCCUAAUGUGGAAGAAUCACAUUGGUUGUCAAGUCUGGAAUCAACGCAUGGGUUAGAACAUAUCAAGCUGGUGCUGACGGGAGCCAUUCAGGUGCCAGACGAGGUGUCCUCGGGCCAGAGCUCGGCGCCGGUUCACUGCGGCGCCGGCUGGGACCGCACGGCGCAGCUCACCUCCCUGGCCGUGCUCGUGCUGGACGGCUACUACAGAACCGUUGAAGGCUUUGAAGUUCUGGUGCAAAAAGAGUGGAUAAGCUUUGGACACACGUUUUCAUCGAUUUGA